CUUAGUGGUACCAGCUGCAGCAGCAGCAUCGCUGUCGUUGUCGUGAAGCGAAGCUAGUGAGCGAGUGAACGACCGAACGGGGCGAAGGCAGCAGCUUCGGUGGGCUACCAGCCACUACAUCCAUUUUACUGUUCGUUCACUACGACUGUUGUUCGGCCGUCUGCCGUUUGUCUGUCUGUCACCGUCGUCAUUGUUGUUUCGUCGUCUCGCCGUUCGUCCGACCCGUACUUCUUUUCGCACUUCCACUUAGUAAGUUUUGUUAUUGUUCAUAGACAGUCUUGCAGUUCCAUUACGGCUACAAGUAUUUGCUAUAACACUGUUAGUACGGAGCAAACAUAGAUCGUCGUCUGUGCUGUUCGCACCGCAACAAUAAUAACAGCAAAUCGUAAGAGUACACAAUAUUAUCUUAUUGUCUCUACCUUAUAAAUCUGCUAUUGCAAUUGCCAUUGAUAGUGUACCAAUAACUACGAGUACUUGUUCCAUGUUGGAGAUCACACGACAUCUAGUUCCAGUGCCCAUUCGUGUGUCGUUCGUGCCUCGAUUUUUCUUCUGGAAUAAAUACUGCAACGGUACCGCGACAGCGACCGAUUGUCGCUUACCAUUGAGGUAACUGCGUCGAUUCUAUAGUGAUUUUGUUUCGACGAAAACAGCGCUUCUGCAAGCAGAGUUCAGGUGCGCGAGUGUAUAGUUCUCUUUGUGCGUAUAUCGCCCGUUUGUGCUGUUCGAUGUGUAUUCAUGUUUGUGAAUGAAUGACAGGCGGCGGCAGCAGCAGGGAAAAAGCAAAGCAAGAAAAGGCAUAAAUUAGAGGAAUAGCGAGAAAGGCGGAUCGGCAACCAGCUGCAAGUGAACGAGGAGGGCUGACGAGAAGCACUAUUUAUAACAGCUACAGGAUCAAAGACGAAAGCCUAACCCUUAGCGGGAAGUAGACCGAAGACAAGUGUUCUACUGCCACGGAGUCAACUGCUGGCGACGAGGGCUGACGAGAUUCAAGAGUGGACGGAAAACUGUUGCUAAGGGAGGUGCAGGAGAGAACCCCACCAUUUCGUCCUUAUGACAAAUGCUAGUUCUGAUGACUCGGGCUCCGCCGCUUCGCUGAACGAAACGAAAAAAAGUCAGAACAGUAGUGGAAAGGGAGAAAGCUGUCGGGACCCGGGUCGACGAUUCAAUAUGUAAUAGCGUUUGAACAAGUUGUUUUAAAGGGAAAAAACAUAAAGCGAAAAAAGCCCAAGAAGAAGCGAGCAAUCGGAAGGCCUCAAAGGUGCGAACCGUUUUGCCGCACCGAUACGUGUGUGCGUGCCUGCGUGCGUGUAUGUGUGUAUGUUUUUGCAUCGCCAAAUUCGAGGAAAUCGCUGGGCGCCGACACCACCGCCAACGAAAAGCUGUGUAGAGAAAAAUCCCCAAUGGUCGAUAUCGAGUGGACGAGUCUUACGGCGCCGUCAUCGUUCUCUUGCUACUACCACAUGUCAUUUGUCUGUUUGUGACCUUCUCGUCAUCUUCGUUGUCGUCGUCGUGAGACGCCGCUGAAACGAAAAGAGAGAGAGAGAAAAUCGUCGCCGCUUUUGACGAAGUCGCAACCUUCGAUAAACCUUCUUCCACUUGUUCUAGAUGUUCCGCUGUCGCUAACGUUCAACGCUACGAGUACUACUAGUAUAGCUAUUAUCGGCGCCCGUGUGCGCGUCCGCGCACGAAAGCAAAGCAAAACACUCAACUGCUAUUACUUCAAGUAGAAAACAGAAAGAAAAAUAGGCCCUUCAAAACCGAAAUCGAAAAAAGCAAGCAAAAUUUCCUGUCGUGUCUCUCGAAUAGAAAGACGAAACGCCCUACGACGUCUAACGUGCGCAUAGCAUGUUACUGACUAUUUACUAAGGAACAAAAGGUGAAUACCCUACGCCAGUAGUUGACCAACCAAAAACACCCUCAGCUCAAUGUGCGAGUGUUAGCCAGUAGAGACUAAAGUACCCGUUUAGAAAUUUCCAAUUAUACUGUGUCUCGGAAGGACUUCUAUAAAGGCCCUUCGUAUAGUUCCAAAGUGCCGAUUUACGGAUAGCAUAUUUUCUCCUUCGGUCAAGGACCUUAUUCCUGAAAAACUGCAACGUAGUGACGCGAAGCCUUCUUUUAUAUCGAUGCUUGUUUCGAGGCGAGAAGGAUUCCUAUUACAGCUUCCGUAGCUACGAAAUUCUGCUAAAUCGCCCCGCCUACGAGGUUCCUAAACGAAUCCGUAACACCUUUAUGGUCAUCCGAGUUUGAAGCCAAUUUUUUAAGGUUGUUCAGUAUAUGGAACCGUAGAAUCCUCUGCGUUUGUUUUAUCCUCCUUCAGGUCGGCGGUAGUCCUAUAGCAGUCCUUUUGGCGGGAGCCUAUUCAAAAGUUCUUCUGAUUUGGCACCUUUUUUAAGAAUAUCGGCUGCGCCGACGAGCACAAGUGGUCGACAUAUAAGGAUAGCAUCAGGCUGUAUGGACACGCCUUACUGACGACUCUUAAAAAGUCUUCAACCACGUCAGCUACGCUUCCAGUAACCAUCAGUUACAAAAGUCACACAAUAUGUUAUAAUUGAAACAAACGUGCCAAAACAUUUCAAGGUUUUUUCUUCAUAACCUCUACUAAAAGAGAUAGACAGAGAUACACGAAGCCAGCAACGACAAAAACCGUGUCACAACCAGCAUAAACCGUUCGUGUUAUUUAGCUUCCGUGCCCUAAUCGAUGCGUGCCAAGUGCAAAAAGACUACUGUGACGGCCGAUAAUACAACAAGCCGUUCUCUAGUUUUCUAUCGCAUCGCACCUUUUGUUUGGUGUUGUCAGGCAGCCGAAGAGGGAUAUAUAUCAAGGGAACCACAAGAUUCAAUGGAUGAAAUAGGAAUAUUGUGUUAGGAAAGCUUUGUGCGAGAAAAAAUCAAAAAGGAAAUUACCUUCAGUUAGGGAAUACAUCGGAAGGCAAGGGAAGGGCCGACGCAGAGAAUGUUAAGGAAGAUCGUGACGAGACCAGCAGCGAAGCAGUGCUAGUUGGGACUAAUUAAUUGGUUAUUAUAGAUAUUCGUGCACCAAUAGUAUCAAGCGUGCCCCUAUCUCGCAGUAUUCUUAUCACCCCUCUCGUUGAACAACUGACAUCUCCUAUUCUUCGUCUGUACAGAACGAACAUUCUGUUGAUUAACUUACAACUAUAAUGGUAAUAUAAUCUGUGUGCGACGACCAGCGCCGACCGACCAGUUCGGAAAUAACAAAUAGAGGAAAAAAGACGAAAAAUAUUAGAAGAUAGACAGCCUCUAAGAAAAGAAACGUUGAAUGCCAUUGGACGUCCUCAACCUUUACGCCUUUUAGCAGCUGUGAUCUUCCGCACCUUCUUUUUAACAGCGACUGACUGACAGAAUCAGAAGGGUUCUCUUCUCGCUAACCACACCUAUCUGUGAACGAGCUCUACGGCAAGAAACUUCGCUCGCGGACGGCGGAAACGAGAUAGCGAAGCAGCGCAGGAUACGAAGAACGCAAUAGCGACCGAGCGUACGACAUGUUUCUAACCGAGAUGAGCCGCCCGUUGCAGCUGCAGGGCAGUGGUGCAACAAAACAAUUGGCAAGCGUCGUUCCGCCCUCCGGUGGAGAGACCGAAACCUCAACGACAAUGGGUAGCGGCGGACACCGAGGCCCUGAUGAGCGAAAACUUUUCGUCGGAAUGUUAAACAAACAACAAAAUGAAGACGAUGUUCGCGGGCUUUUCAAUAUCUACGGAGCCAUUGAGGAGUGCACAAUUUUACGAGGGCCUGACGGACACAGUAAGGGCUGCGCGUUCGUCAAGUUCUCCUCGCACUCCGAAGCGGCGCGGGCAAUUCAAGGUUUGCACGGCUCGCAGACAAUGCCUGGGGCUUCUUCAUCACUAGUCGUCAAAUUCGCCGACACUGAACGUGAACGACAAAUGCGACGCAUGUCGCAGGUCGGCCAGAUGGCGAAUAUCGGUCAACUAUGUCCAUCCCUCGUGGCCCCGUUCGCCAAAAGCAUUUUGCAACAGUUUGGCAGCUCGUACGCCACCUAUCCGCUAGGGGGCGCUGCGCCGCCCGCGCAGCACAUCGCCAACGCCACCAAUCCGCAAACGGCUGCUCUUAUGACGUCGUACCUGCCUUCUCUGAGUCCGCAGGUAGCUGUCGCGAUUCCUUCAGCGCUACCCAGCCCAGCCCUAACGCCCACCUCUGCUUGCGGUUCGCCGGCGGGCACGGUUCCGUCACCUCCAGGAAGCGCUCUGGCCCCAUCAUUCGGUUGUUCUAGUCAACAAUCGAGCCAGCUGGAGGAACUCUACUCGGCGACGCCGCACAACUUCCUGAACACGGCCACAUCAGUUGCCUCAGACGGUUCCGGUCUCUCGCAAAUCCAACCAGCUGCCGCCUACACCGCACACGUGCCGGCUGCGGGAUACCCUGGAUUGCUUGUCCCGUCAAUUGGUUAUCCAUACCCAGCAGCACCAACACUUUCACAAUUAACUGGAGUGCCACAAGCGAGCGCUCUGAGCGCAUUUAUUAGUUCACCAGGAGGAGUUACAGGUGUCACGGCAGGCGGAGGCACCGGGGGUAGUGGCGGAGCCGCAGUGAUUCAAUCGCAGCGAGAAGGUCCCGAGGGCUGUAACUUAUUCAUCUACCAUUUACCGCAAGAGUUUGGCGACGGCGAACUCACGCAUAUGUUCAUGCCUUUUGGAAACGUUAUCUCCGCAAAGGUUUUCAUUGACAGGGCUACUAACCAAAGCAAGUGUUUCGGAUUCGUCUCAUUUGACAAUCCGUCCUCUGCGCAGGCCGCCAUUCAGGCAAUGAAUGGUUUCCAAAUUGGUAUGAAGCGACUCAAAGUACAACUGAAGAGACCAAAAGACGCCUCUAGGCCCUACUGAGAUCAGGUUACUGAGCGGGCCUAGGAACAGAGCAGGCACAGCAACACUCAAACAAACCUGAUUGCUGGCCGAAGGAAACAAAAGGGCGAACACUCUUCACAGCGGAACCAGCCGAAUGAAGUAAUUGAGCUAACCACGGAUGAACGGAUAUCAUUUUUGGAUCGCAGAUUUAUCUUUGACACCUUAAUUGGCUCGUAGAAGGGCCGUUGACCGUACUUGGAACAAGGUGAUAGCAAUGCAAAGCAACCUUGCCUCAACAGGUAGAAACACCGUAUACCGAUGGGUUGAUUUUUGCAUGAUUCGACACGUAUCUCGGUUGCUUAACACAUAUGAGAUACGCUACUUCGUUCGUUGAACCAGCAGAGCCCUACCCUAGGUAUCAUUGUAUGAUGAGAAUGAACAAAUUACUGCUAACAGUUGUUGUCUGGUUUAGGGAAGCAUUUUCUUAGGCGACAACUCAUUCUAUAUAUGGUCCAUUGCAGAUUUUCAGUUUGGGGCCAAAUCAAACAGAGCCAGAAAAACUAGCGCCGGCAAAGGCUGAUGCGGGAAAAUUGUACAUCAUAACAUAUACACCCCUACCAUAAUAAUAUAUCUAUGAAAAGACUGGGUGGUCGCUACUGAGGUAUGAAUGGUAGCGUUGUAUUUAUGUACAUGAUUUCUACGUUAUGUCGUACUGUUUAGUCGUUUCAAUUAAACGACGUCCCAGUUGCGUUGAACUGUGACCAACGCUCAUCCUUAAUGAAGAGCACUGAAUAAUGAUGAUCACGACGGUGGCGUUGGUGAUUCUGCUAAUGAAGAGUGAAGCCUAAAAGCAUCAAGUGUAGAAAGGGGCUAGAAGAAAAAAGGCUACAGGGCCAAGAAAUAGGUGAAGCAAGGUGUAUGUCGCCCGUGUACACACCACAUAUACACAGCCAUUUCCCGUGCGUUAGGGUUCAGGUUAAGGAGAAAACAGGGAUUUCGAUGAAAUAUUAUAUACACAUGCACAGACAGACAGACAGACACACACACAGGCACACAUAUACACACGCACAGAUCUAAAAAAUAGAAACUAAACUAUUUAUUACACACACACACACACAGAUGGAGUUGAGGCGCACGCAUUGUUUAGAACGCAAUUGAACAGAUUGCGGAAGGGAACAGUAUAAUGUUGAGAAAGGAAAAUCUCAGACAAUAUUAAAUCUACAUCCAUCCUAUUGCAGAAGAGAAUAUUCACUAUAUAUUACUGCUGGAACUACUAUUAUUUAAUGAUUAAAAUACCAAGUAUGACAGAAGUACGUGUUAGUUACGUUCAAAUGACGACGGUCAGACACCGCCUAAUACUGAUAUAAAUUGUGAAGUACUACUAUCAGAAGCGGCGAUGAUGAUCAUUAUUAUUAUUAUUAUUAUGCACGAUGGUAAUAUACGAAGUAUAAAUAUCCUAUAUAAUAUAGCAGAAGUAGACAGAAAGAGCGAAAGAAAAAACUAGGAUGAACUACCUAGCAUGAUGAAACACUAACAAAUAAGGUUGUGCACUCGCUGACAGGGCAACUAUCUACGAUUCCAGCUGACUAUUAAAGACAAAACAAAAAAAAUCCAACAGUAACAACAACAGAAAUAGCAAUUGAUUGUGAACAGCAAGUACUAAUCAAGAGGGUACGUUACCCUAACGCUAUCAAACCGACUAGUCUUUAUAAUAAAUCACACCUAGAGCGAAAGAGAUAGAAAAUAGAAUAAAACAUAUUCCAAAUGAGUUGUAGUUCUUGAUGACGACGGUAUUGUUCCAGCUCGGAGCUUUGUUGUUUUAUGUUGCCACAAUGAUCGUGGUUAUAGUUUGUUUUUUAUAAAGUUGCUCUGACGAAUGGCUCGACCGGCAUUUCGAUCGAUAUGAGUCAUAUUAACUGAUUGAUCUAAGUGAUGUUGGUUGAAAACAAUGUUUUUAGACAUCUGUAGCGGAGAAGCUUUUAAAGUCGCCAACAUUCCGCCAGUUGGUAUUGUCCGUGAACCGUGCGCCACUAUAAUUAGUACUGCGCCUUUGGCAACGUUCUUCCCACCGAAGAGCAGGAACCGUCUUCGUUUCUUGUUCUCGUAACAUACCCAUGCUCGACUUCGUGGAGAAAGGCGGACGUGCGUACAUUACGCCGCGCAAUUAAAAACAUAUAAGUGAACUACCGUUAGCUACGUGACGCUUUGUAAGCGUUAUUUGUAUUUUUCGUUUGUUUCCCAGAGACCCUUCACUGUACAACGUAAACUAGCACAGAUAUGCGAUUUCAAGGGUCAGCCCAUAACGCUGUCAGAUCAUCGGAGCUUACCGUGUCAACACUGUGUACCCACGAGCCUAUAAACAACCAAAUCGGGUACCCAAAAGCUUCACGAAACGGGUGAUGUAACGUACGAAUCGUUUUUUUUUGGCUGCUUAUGUUUCGAAUAGGGCGUGGCUGACGGCCCCCGCUAUCAAUCCCGCACGGUCAGAGACUGGCUGGGGCAGUUAUAUAAAAAUUGAUUGGAAGCGUCAACGGUCUCGCGCACGAGCUGACGCACAACUGGCGGACAAAUGGCAAAGAUGUUCAAGACGAUGAGACUUCUAUCAUUGAGUAGCUAUCGACGCUGCAUUUUCGCGAUGGCAGGCGACUGUGAGCGAUCGACAACAUCGAUUAUAUCAGCAAACGCUUACCUAUUUGACGACGCAGAUGACUGGCUCGAAAUGUUAUAGCGUGUGCUUAUACAUAGGCCAGCAUAUUGAAGCUCACCAAGUAGAGCGAUGUUGUACGAAAGACGCGUUUCCACUCUACUUUCGCCAAUCUUUGCCUUCCGUGUCCUGGAACAACUGUAUUCAGGAAAGCCCUGAGAAGACGAAAUACAUAUACAAGUCGAUUGAGAAUGAACUAUAUUAUAUUGUAUAAUUAAAAGAAAGCUUGACGCAGUCGGAUGUAUGAUGGAGUUUGUAAUGCUGGGCCCGUAAAAGAGCAAAAGAAAUACAGAGCGAAAACAAGCGAUUAUGGAGGAUGUCUAGUUGACACGAAGCAAAAUAUUACACGUAUCACGCCAGUUAUGGUGGUGCCAACCGCAGCCGUUACCGAAAAUGCUGUAUAGCGUCGAUUCGAAUGGAAACGUUGCGGUAGGCCGUUUGGUGACACGCUGAUGGCCAAACGUGCCAUCCGUGUACAGCCGUUAAGCACUUGUUUCGUUCUGUUUUCAGAAUGAGAAAAUACUAGCUAGCAAAAAAGGCAGCGACUUUUUGUCAGAAUAACGGGACUCAACACAGCUCCGGUCUGGCCUUGUACAUAUACUCACUCACAAGCAAACAGGGUUAACAAUAAAGCUAAUGUUCAGAAAUAAUGCUAUUGAUGACGACGACGGUGAUGACAUAAGAUAUAUAUAUAUAUAUAUAUAUAUAUAUAUAUAUAUAUAUAUAUAUAUAUAUAUAUAAAUAUACAUAUACAUAUACAUAUAUUACUGAUAUAUUUAUGGCGCGGUUACCGGCCGAACAGAGUGACGGUCACCAGGAUAAGUGCGCGGCAGUUCUAAGGGAAAGCAACAAAACAAAAAAUACCGUUAGAGAUAACAUAAUACCAGUAAAAAAAAAAACAGAUACCACUUAAAUGAUAACCAAAACCGCAGAUAAUAAAUAACCCUAAACAAUAAAAAAUCACGUAAAAAAACGCGCUAUCAUAACAAGGGCAGCAGGGAAAGAGCAUCAAACAAUGCCUAAUUUGAACACAUCCAUCAUUUAUGAAA